ACCUGCUCAAGAUGGAGUAGUCACAUGUGGACACUCUUAUUCAUGAAAUGGCGCUCAUCUUUGUAAGACAGCUAGGACGAAAAAUCUUCGCUCGUGAACAUGGCUCCAAUAAGAAGCUGGCAGCACAGUCAUGUGCUCUCUCCAUGGUUCGACAGCUGUACCAUCUGGGCGUCAUCGAGGCUUUUACAGGGCAGACAAAGAAGAAAGAAGGAGAGACUGUGGAAGCGUACGAUGUGAAUGUUAGUGAAGAUCUGAAGCAACAACUACAGAGCAUCAUCCAUGAGCUUGGCGUCCACAUUCCUCCACCUGAUCCUAGCGGUCCGGUGUCCCUUGUUCAGGGGAAAAUGGCCCAUUUUGAACCUUCUCAGAGGCAGAGCUUGGCAGGUGUGGUGCCCUGGCCUCCCCCUCAAGUCAACUGGAACCCUUGGACCAGCAGUAAUAUUGAUGAGGGUCCACUGGCUUUUUGCACCCCGGAGCAGAUCAGCUCAGACCUGCAGCAGGAGCUCAACUAUCAGCUGGAGCAUGACAAGGACCUGCAGACCGUAAGAUAAAGAUCCUCAUGGACAUCUCAUCUCUCAGUUAAUGAUGU